AUGAGGGUGGUGGACUGUCCUUCAGAAGCUGGAGACUUUCGGGCCCAGCAGUGUUCCGCCUAUAAUGACGUCAAGUACCAAGGGCACUUUUAUGAAUGGGUUCCUGUCUACGGUGAUUCCAGCUCUCCAUGUGCCUUGAAGUGCCAAGCCCUGGGAAAACCCUUGGUGGUGGAGCUUGCCCCCAAAGUCCUGGAUGGCACUCGCUGUAAUGCCAAAUCCUUGGACAUGUGCAUCAGUGGAAUAUGUCAGGCCGUUGGCUGUGAUCGGCAGCUUGGGAGCCAGGCCAAAGAGGACAGUUGUGGCGUCUGCGCUGGAGACGGGUCGACAUGCAGGCUUGUGAGGGGACAAGUGAAGGUGCAUCUGUCAUCAGAAAAAAGAGAAGAAACUGUGAUUGCUGUACCACAUGGGAGUCGCAGUGCAAGAAUUACUGUGAAGGGACCAGCACACCUUGUGGUUGAAUCAAAGACAUUACAGGGAGACAGCAGAGAACACAGUUUUGACGCCCCCGGAACGUUCAUUGUUGAAAACACAACUGUUGAAUGUCAGAAGAGUUUGGACAGAGAAACUGUAAAAAUUCAAGGUCCCCUUGGAGCUGAUUUCAUUAUCAAGGCCAGGUACAUGGCCCCGAAAGACAGCGUGGUUCAGUUCUUCUUCUAUCAACCCAUCAGUCACCAGUGGAGGCAGACGGACUUCUUCCCUUGCACUGUGACAUGCGGAGGCGGCUAUCAGCUGAACUCUGCUGAGUGCAUGGAUAUCCGUUCAAAGCGUGUCGUGCCAGAUCAGUACUGCCAUUACUACCCUGAAAAUAAGAAACCGAAGCCCAAGCUGAAGGAAUGUAACAUGGAUCCCUGCCCGUCCAGCGAUGGAUUUAAAGAAAUCAUGCCUUAUGAUCACUUCCAGCCCCUUCCUCGCUGGGAACACAACCCUUGGACUGCAUGUUCAGUUUCUUGUGGAGGGGGAAUUCAGAGGAGGAGCUUUGUAUGUGUGGAGGAGACCAUGCAUGGAGAGAUACUACAAGUGGAAGAGUGGAAAUGCAUGUACGCCCCCAAACCCAAAGUCAUGCAGGCUUGCAACCUGUAUGAUUGUCCAAAAUGGGUAGCUUUGGAGUGGUCACAGUGCACCGUGACCUGUGGCCGAGGUUUACGUUACCGAGUGGUGUUGUGUAUCGACCAUCGUGGGCAGCACACAGGGGGCUGCAAUCCUCAACUCAAACUGCACAUCAAGGAAGAGUGUAUCGUGCCAGUACCUUGUUACAAGCCCAGAGAGAAAAACCCUGUUGAAGCAAAGCUCCCAUGCUUUAAAAAAACUCAGGAGCUGGAGAAAUCCGCUGCCACGUCCGAAGAGCCAGCGUUUGUCCCUGAGCCGUGGUCCCCUUGCAGUGCCUCUUGUGGUCACGGUGUUCAGGUGCGUGCAGUGAAGUGCCGUAUUUAUCUCGCAUUUACUCAGACUGAGGUGGAGCUGCCCGAUGAAGAGUGUGAGGAACCCAAGCCACCAACUGAACGCAGCUGCCACCUGGAGUCGUGCGAUGGGGACCCUGCACCUUACAACCUGGGAUUUUCACACUCUGAAGAGACCGAUGUCAUCUAUGACUGGGAAUAUAUUGGUUUUACUCCUUGCUCAGCCACUUGUGAUGGAGGGACUCAGGAAGCCAUUGCCAUGUGCAUACACGAACAAACAAAGCAAGCGGUAAACGACUCCUUGUGUGACCACUCCAAGAAGCCCCCUGCCAUGACUCGUGUGUGUAAUACAAGGGUCUGCCCCCCAAGGUGGCAGGUGGGCCCCUGGAGACAGUGCUCGGCCACUUGUGGUGUGGGCAUACAGAUGAGGGAGGUACAAUGCCAGCAACCUGGAAGAAUUGCUGUGGGGCCUGAAAACUGCAAAGUUGGAAAGCCACAUGCUUUGCAGGCUUGCAACCAGGUUGAUUGCCCCCCGGUUUGGCACGUUGAAGAAUGGCAACAGUGCUCCCACACGUGCGGCAGAGGCACCCAGACCCGCAAAGUGACUUGCAGGCAGCUCUUGAUGGAUGGUAGCUCUCUGGAACUCCCUGACAAUAGAUGCCACGAGCCAAGAAUGCCUGCUCACAAACCUUGUGCAAAAACCGACUGCCCCCCACAACUGGUGGUGGGAGAAUGGUCACGCUGCUCUGUCAGCUGUGGUGUUGGAAACCAGAGAAGGAAAGCUACCUGCCAAAAGCUCACUGCUAAAGGGCAUCAGAUUGCAUUAAAUGGAUCGGUGUGUAGUGGUCUCCCCGUGCCCCUGCUUGUCAGGCCUUGCCACAUGAGCCCUUGUGACAGGAUGAGUCAAGAAAUAAAACCGCAACUUUUGGGGAAGUAUGCUUUGCGCGGACCGCAGAUUCUCAGCAUCCACAGAGUCUACAUACAGACUAGGCAAGAGAAGCGCAUUAACUUUACAAUUGGGAGCCGAGCUUACCUACUUCCAAAAACAUCUGUUGUCAUUAAGUGCCCAGUCCGGAGGUUCCAGAAGUCACUUAUCCAGUGGGAGAAGGAUGGGCAGCCCCUCCAAAUCUCCAAGCGGCUUGGCAUUACCAAGUCAGGAUCUUUCAAGAUACACAGCCUUGAGGCUUUGGACAUUGGAGUUUACAAAUGCAUCGCAGGCUCAGCACAAGAGACGUUUGUUCUCAAGCUGAUUGGCACAGACAACAGGCUGAUAGAACCUCCCUCAUUUAGAAAGCACUUGGGUGAGAGCAGUGGCACAGAACAGAACGAGGCCAACAGCUUUGGAGCAAAGUGGCAUAAAAUGAGCCAGAUGUGGCAGCUCUGGAACCAGAAGAGCAAACAGUAUCUGGGUGAUGGGCAGGUGAAUGACCAACCUUUCCUGCGGCAUAUUGAGACUCAGACGAGAAAUUCAGCAGAAGGAUUUGGGUCUCAUGAAUUCAGAAACAAGCGCCUUGAGGCCGUGCUGCUUCCCGGGGCUUACAGCAUGGAUAUGGUCCAUUUUGAGGAGCUGAUAAAGAAUUUGAGCCACCUGGUUGAGGCUGGAGAAGUCAACGAUGACUUGGCUUCCCAGCUCGUUUAUCAACUAAUCGCUGAGUUAUCCAAGCCAGCACAGUCUGCUUCUGAGAGACUGAAGGAGCCACGAGAUGAAAAGCUGCCUUUGAAGAAACCUGCCAAAUCUUCAGACUUGUCUGAUAAUCUCAGCAGCAAACCCCAAGACAUUGUGAUGAGAAGCCGAAAGGCCCCAGUUAUUGUAAGGCAAAAAGGAGGGCCAGGAGUUUAUUCAAACCAAACAGUAACAGUACGCAUUGGGAGUACAGUUGUCUUGACAAGGGACACCUAUGUAAUAAAUCUGAUUUGCGAAACUGUCAGGGCUAGUGACCCUCAUUAUAACUGGACAAAAGAUGGGAUGGAGUUGAAGUCCUCUGAGAAGGUGGUUUUGGCAGCCAAUGACAAGAUCCAAAUUUUGAAUCCCACCAAGAAGGAAAUGGGUGUGUAUCAUUGCAUGGUGGAAAAUGACUUCGGUUCUGAUGUGGAAACUUCAACGCUGUUAUAUGCAGAAGCUCCUACAAUAUUGUCUUCUACACUGAACAUAACUAAUUUGGAGCUUUUUAACUUCUCUGUGACUGUUGGUGGUACAAUCCUGGCAAGAGCAGGAGCCAAUGUGCUGCUGGAAUGCCCAGUGAAAGGUCUUCCCCAACCAGAUAUCGCUUGGUUUAAGAACGGAAGUUCCACAAGAAUCCAUUUGUCUACAGUCACUAAUGGUUCCUUACUCUUAAGGAGCAUUUCAUCUGAGGAUUCCGGAAUGUAUACUUGUACAGCCACCAAUGCUGUGGGAAAAACUGCAGCCAGAACUGUUCUUCGACUGGCCGGUGAAAGACUUCAGGAGCCUCAGACAUCCAGCAACAGUCGGAAAAAGCGUGUCAUAGCAUCUGGGACUGGCACAAACAUUAGUGUGGUACCUGGCGAUCUUUUACGGAUAGGCUGUCCAGUACAUCCCAAUACAAAGAACACCAUUUUCUGGUCCUUUAAAAACCAACCUGUUGAAGAAAUUCUAGGCUUCAAUCACCGAACUCUGGGUGAGGGACAUAUCCUGGAGGUGAACGUUGUCUCUGAUCGGCUUGCUGGACAAUACAGAUGCUGGAGUUCAUCGAGUGUCAAACCAUUGUCUGUUUGGGUAAAUGUCAAGAAGGAAGAACAUAGGUGGGCGCUUGGCGAAUGGAGUCCCUGUUCUUCCUUUUGUGGGAAUUUGGGGACCCAGGUCCAAAGGCUGCUGUGUGUGAACCUGAAGGAGCAAAGAGUGAACAAGUCACUGUGUCAAGAGAGCCAGAGGCCAGCCGUGAAUUACCGGUCUUGCAACAUCCGUGACUGUCCUGCCAGGUGGGCAACAAGUGCCUGGUCUGAAUGCUCUGCUUCGUGUGGCCAUGGAUUUUGCCAGCGGCAAAGAAUCUGCAAGCAAGUCAAAGCCAAUGGAGUUGCCAUAACAGUGCCUCCAACUGCUUGUGCAUACAUAGAGCGGCCUAUGGAAAGGAAACCAUGUGUGGGACAUUCAUGUACAGGAUGGAUAAUUCAUCCAUGGGGUCAGUGUGCUGGCCGCUGCAUCGACCGCGCUGUGGGCUUGCAGCACCGUCUUGUUCGGUAUCAGCAUCAGAAUGGAUCGGCGGUAUCAUACUUGUGCUGUGAUGAAGGGAAAAGACCAUCUGUUAGAAGAAACUGCUCCACAGACAAAUGUGACGUGUUUUGGCGGACAGGUCCCUGGCGACCUUGCAGCGUGGACUGUGGAAGCGGAUUUCAGUCACGACACGUUGACUGCAUCCACAGGAGAAGUAAGAGACCUGUAGCAGAUCAGUACUGCACCUGGAGGAAGAGACCAGUGACCUGGCAACACUGCAAUGUCACUUCCUGUGACAAAGGUGAAUGCAAGGAUACUACUCACUACUGUGCAUUUGUAAAGCACCUAAAAUUGUGCUUGAUAGAAGUCUACAAACAAAGGUGUUGUCAAUCAUGUGAAGAAGGUUUUUCUUCUAUGGGAAGUUCAUAAAGCCAAGACGAAGAUAUCACAAGAAGAGAAUUUUUCAUCUCUCUCAAUCCUGAGUGCUUUGGAUCAUAAAGACAGAUGAGUAAUAUGGGAUUGACUGAAAAGAAAACACAGGAAUAUUCCUGACUAGAUGUGUGUUUUUCAUCUGGUUUCUCCCUCUUUCUUGAAAUUGAAGCUGUAAUGGAUGUUGAUAAGAGAAUACCAUUACCCCUUAUCUGUGGAACAUUACAACUUGAACAGCAUCAGAAGGAAAACUCAUUGACUGUGAAGCUCUGGGGCAAUAUUCCCAAUUGUAUCAAGCCAGUCAUAGUUCAUCUUACACAACUUUUAAUAUUGGAAUGCAGUGACCAAUCUGCUUUGCUUGUUAUUUUCCUGGUUUUGAUCCACUUUUAGACAACACUGAAAACAAAUAGAAAUUGCCGUCUGUAACUUACAAAGGUUUUGCCAGUGGCUCCAUUUCUUUAAUGUCUGACGAACACAUUAUCACAGCCAUCAGAUAGAUCCCCAUUUUGUUUUCUUUCCUUCAUUUAAGUGCCUCUGGUAAAAGCCAAUGUACCUGCCGUUUUAUGAUUUUCAAAUCUGCCAUGGGACUGUUUUUCAAUCAAUGAGGUGUCAUUUGGGGGAGUGGUUCCUAUAGCGUCUGCUUUAGUCUCACUGGAAUCUGAUCAAAGCGAGGGCAUGAUUAGUCUAAUAUGAAUCUACAUGGGAGCUUGGAAUGAAGGUUUUAUGUUUUGAGAACUGUUCUCUUGUACUCAGUCAGAUGGGAAAUGAGAGUCAGUCUCUGGCCAAAUGUGUCUGUGAGGCUGGAUUGCCCUUGAAGAAAUAGCCUAUACUUUCCCAGUCAUUGGAAAGUUUAAAAAACAAAACAGAAAGAGUUGCUAUACGUUGAGACAGACAUGUGUUAAGCAUCAGUUUCAAUCGAGUUUCAUUCCUCUUGACUAGUAUGCAUUUAGAGUUAUUGCAUGCCAGUAAAUCCUCGGAAUGACAGACUUGAAGUAGCUCUUUUUUAUUCUUACCAAUUAUGUGUGCGAGUCCAGCAAAAAAAGGCAGUUAGGUUUUAAGAAAUAAGAACCAUGCAAAAUUGGAAAUAAAUGUGCCAAGAUUUGGAAUACUGGCAUGCUAUUCUGGAUGUUCCAUCUCCAAAAGUUAUGGAAAACAGCAACCAAAAUUUACCAGGAGGUCAGAAAGAUUAUGAAGUAGCAAGAAGACAGGAAGUCUAUACAAUUGUGGACAGUGAGAGCAGAGAGAGAAAAGUUUCACUUGCAAUGCUAGAACUGCGGCAGGAUAGGGUAAUCCAAUGAUCCUGGCAGUAGGUUCAGAACAGACAAAAGACCCAUAACACAGCACAUAAUUAACUUACUAAAUUUACUGCCAGAUGAUAGAGUGAUGGCAGUUGGCUUAGAUAGCUUUAAAAGGGGAUUAGACAAAUUCAUGGAGGGCAAACAUAUUAACUGCUAUAAACCAUAAGCCAUGACAGAAAGAUCUGUGGAAGCUCCACAUCCCGAGGUAAUAUGCCCCCAAUUACCA